CUCGUCCCCGUUGCUAGCGGCCUAGCGCCAUUAGCAACCGCUUCGUUUUCAAGACUCUUAAAGAUUUUCAUCAACUAACCAACCGCGGUAAUUUAUUAUACUUCGACGUUUAUCGUGUUCGCGAUAUUUGUUUUCGGACGACCGGGCCGAAAUGGAUGAUUUGGAGACCGAUCCACUCUUCCCGACCGUCCCGCCAGACUUGCGUCGUCGAGUGCCGGAUAAGGAAGACAUAACCAACCGUGGUGCACCCGUUCCAGCUUCGCCGUCCACGGACGUUUGGAAUGCGCGCAUCUCUGCACGGUUCGGGCGUUUCGUAGCAUUUACAUGGAUUGUCCUGCGACUACUCGGCUUGGUCCGUUCGUGCUCUACUGGCCACUUGGGAUGGAAAGCGCUGUUGUUUAUAAUGAACGUGGUGUGGUGUAUCGUGAUCAUUGUGCUGUUGAUAAUUCUUUGGAUCGUGGACACCCUUCCGCAGAUGGAGAUGUGUUUUCUGAAGAUAAAAUACCUGAAAAUCAUGGCAAUGUUGCUGAAAUUCGGCUCCCUUGAGAUCUUCUUCAUUUUUGUUAGCCGUAACCUGUGGGAUAUGCCGUACUACCUGAAGAAUGUUUUCGAUCACUACCUGCAUAGCAGAUCGUUACCGAAAGCACCUGGAAAACGGCUCAUGUUCGCAUGGCGUAUUCGGCUGGCUGGUGCCGCUGUACUCAGUGCUAUAGCCGCAAUCAACUUUCUCCUGCACAAAUUCCAGCUGGGAUUGUUGACCGAUAUUCCCGGUGUGCAUGCGCGGGAAUUGCAGUUAUGGGCGCAGGCCUAUAACGACAACCCGCUGUCGGUGUCGGGGAAAAGAGCGACAGCGUACUACUGGGCACUGUACGCCGGUGUGAUGGCGGAUGUGCAGUUCGCCAUGGUCCGCGGCAUUGUGAUUUUGUACUGCAAGCUGGCCGCUUGCACAUUCUACAAUUGGCGCCGUGUUAUCCAUCAUCCGGGACGCGAGGGCUUCCGCGACACCCUUUCGGCAUGGCAGAGACAUGAAAAGGAAUAUGGCAAGCAUUUCUACGAUGUGUGGGAGAUGUGUCGGUCUGAUCGUCUCGGGAUGCUACUGCGCUUGGUGUUCUUUCAUGACUACAUGGCGUGCGCAUUAGUCGUCCGUGACCUUUGUCUUCAUAAAGACGGAUUCGCUCAACCGGGGGUUAAUUUAACGGCAAUGCUGUCGCAGGUCCUGAUGACAAGAGUCUUAGCGAAUGCAGUCGCGGCGGUUAGCGAGGAGGGCAAUCCUCUGACUGAGAUACUAGACGACACGCUGUCCAAGGUGGACGGGAGGUAGAAUGCCGAAGAGAACCGGGUUUUCAAGCAGAUUCGCCGUUUGAGAGAGCACGCCGUGGGUCUGAAGUUUGAUACUAUGCCCUUUGACUACCAUUUCGUCUGGAAUGCCAGCCUGGCGUUGGUGUCGGUGGUUUGCACUAUCGCGUAGUGCAGCAGAUCCUUAGAAGUCUCGGAAGCUUCUUCCUUUUAGUUGCGACAGCAAUGAUUAACAAGCAACGGCACCCUGUCCACAUCGCUCACUGGCAUUCUUAAUCGAAGGAAUCAUUUUCCUACUCCUUCGCUCGGUUCACGUUUAAUGGCACCCGCUAAAUUACGUCAUCACCGUUGAUUGUAUACUGCAUUAAAAUAGCGC